AUGGGAAAGAAACUUUCUAAAACAACUGAACAGAUGACUGAACCCCCGAGGGAUGACAUACCAAGUACAAGCCUGGACACCUUCACGAUGGGAAAGAAACUUUCUAAAACAACUGAACAGAUGACUGAACCCCCGAGGGAUGACAUACCAAGUACAAGCCCGGAUACCUUCACGAUGGGAAAGACAUUUUCUAAAAAAACUGAACAGAUGACUGAACCCCCGAGGGAUGACAUACCAAGUACAAGUAGCCAAACAUCGAGUCAAACAAAUGGAUUUGAUAACGUCAUCAUCAAAGUAGCAGACGCCAUAUCAGAUGAUGGUGAUAUAAGGAGACUUGGUCUUGAGCUGGGAGUCCAGAGUGCUGCUAUUAACCGGGCAUUGGAGACGAAUUGGGCUGGAGGUAGAAAGACUAGUAAUGGUAACGUAAUGAUGCUUCAGAACUGGGCGGAGACGGUCAAACUAUCCAAGCAACUUCCAACUCUCAGAGCAGCUCUCAAAAAGGUGCGCCUUCUAGAGGUGGAAGAAACAUGUCUCACAAGCUGCAGCGGUGACGAUGAGGCGAUGAAAGGUGACUUUAUGAAGUUAAGAGAACAACUGAAAAGUAGAUAUCGCAAGAAAUUUGGUCAGAUCAAAACAUCGCCUGUGAACCCUGAGUCACGAACAUGGCUUCAGCACAUCUAUGUCAGUCUCGUUCUGAUGUUGGGAUUGGAAGGGGAAAGGGAGAAGCCAAUAGAUUACGACGGGUUGUUUAAAUUCAUCAAAACUGACACUCCGAAAGGUUUUGUAACACGUUUAGCUUUCAUUGGAGAAGCUGGUGUAGGAAAAUCGACGCUGUUUGCUAAGAUCGCUCUUGAUUGGGCUGAGGGUAAAAUUCUUCAAGAAAUCAAUCUGCUUUUUCUUGAAUCAUUUCGAGAGAUUAAAGAGAGCGAAUUCUUUGGGGAUACUGUCAUGAGCCAUUUCCCAGAUGAUUUGGAAGUAAAGGGGGAAUGGGUUGAUGCAUACAUCAGGAAAAAUCAGAGAAAAGUCCUUAUCCUAUUGGACGGACUGGACGAGGCACAAAUCGACAUCAAAAAGCCUCAUCGCAAUGACGCUAUCGUAUCGAUCGUGAGAGGUGAACGAUUCAUUGAUACCCCAGUCGUUAUUACAACCCGUCCUUUUGGAGCCGAUCAGAUCAAGAGCAUCAUGGCGAUUAAUGACCAUUACACGUUUGGUAAGGUUAAGGGCUUCGCAAAGGAAAACAUGGCAGCAUAUAUCAAAAACUAUUUCAAAGAUGAUUCUGAUUCUGCUUCGACCCUCAUUAACUUCAUUGAUAAAAACCAAGUGGUUUCUGAGUACAUGGCACCCUUCCCGAUAUUCUGCAGUAUGCUAUGUAGCUUGUGGAAAACGCCAAGUGGACGGGAAAAUUUUCAGACGAUGGAAACAUUCUCGCAACUCUUGAAGCGUCUUGUCUUUUCACUUCAAGAGCAAUACUUUUCCAAACCAAAUGAUUUAGAAGAGGGCUAUGAAAGCCGCAUAGCGAAAGCUAGUGAAAGUAUGAAAGAUAUUAGUUGUAUCGCAUUUCAAGGUCUAUUGGUUAAACAGCUCAUCUUCGAUGAAAAGGCGCUCGACUCAUGCAAAGAGGCUGCAAUGACUGCAUGCGAGGUCGGGAUUCUUAGUAAGGAAAUAAGGCCAGCACCCUUGCAAAUCAGAGAAAGUCAGCGAAAGCAAUUUAUUCAAGAAUUUUCUUUCCCUCAUAAGUUACUGCAGGAGUACAUAGCGAGUUUCUACCUUGCAUCGCUGUUCAACGAAGAUCGUCAAGAAUUCAACAGAAUCCUGGCGGACACUCUUUUAGAAGACUACAAGGAAUUCAGAUAUGUCCUGUACUUCACUGCAGCUCAUGGAGGUGAAGUAGGAAAGUCGAUCCUGGAAGUCCUAUGCAAGAAGGUUGAUGACACGGAGUUCAUCAUUCAGUGUGCAUUUGAAUGUCAUAAUUCAGAAGCCAUUGAUCCCGUCAGGAACCUGUUGAAGACGGAGGCAACUCUAAAGUUAACUUCUAGUCUUUCAAAUGCCGCAUUUCUCUUCACUCUGGAACCAAUAGGGAAGGAAGUAGUAAGACGAAGUUCCUCGAUUCGCGAAACAUUGGGUGUUAGCGAGUCCUUUGAAGCUACCGCAUCAUCGUCUGAUGUAGCAGCAGCAGUAGGUCUCUUCACAUUGCAGACCUUACGAGAGGUGACAAUUCGAACCGAACUGGAUAACAAAUUCUACACAGGAAUGUCUGCUGCUGCUCCACAGUCCAUGGUUUGUGAUUACUAUAUUUACGUUGAUGAAUCCUAAAUCAUAAUUAUCAUUAUUCCUUAAUCGAUGCAUGCUAUUUGU